AUGAACAAACCAUUGUUCGAACGCAUAGUCAGUACUAUUAAGAAUGGAGUCCCGUACUUCAGACAAAGACGAGAUGCUACUGGAAGGCUCGGUCUUUCCGCACUUCAAAAAUGUUCUGCAGCUAUCCGUAUGAUGGCAUACGGAUGUUUGGCAGAUGCGAUGGAUGAAUAUUUACGACUAGCUGAAACAACCGCACACAAAUGCCUUGAAAAAUUUGUAGACGGAGUCAUCGACCUAUUCGGAGACGUCUAUCUCAGACGACCUACAGCGGAAGACCUCCAAAGAUUACUGAAUAUUGGAGAACAUCGCGGUUUCCCCGGAAUGGUGGGUAGCAUAGAUUGUAUGCAUUGGGAGUGGAAGAAUUGUCCAACUGCAUGGAAAGGACAAUAUUCACGUGGAUCUGGAAAACCAACAAUUGUACUAGAGGCAGUGGCAUCCCAAGAUUUAUGGAUUUGGCACGCAUUUUUUGGACCACCUGGUACGUUAAAUGAUAUCAAUGUUUUAGACUGCUCACCGGUGUUUGAUGAUAUCUUAGAGGGCCGAGCUCCAAGAGUUUCAUAUGUUGUCAAUGGACAUCAAUACGAAAUGGCGUAUUAUCUCACUGACGGUAUCUAUCCCAACUGGGCAACUUUCAUCCAACCAAUUACACUACCACGUGGUCCAAAAGCUAAACUCUUUGCUCAAUGUCAAGAAGCAUGCCGGAAAGAUGUAGAGCUGGAAGACGAACGACAUACCUACAAUUUCUAUGAACCAUCAGAGUUCUAUCACGGAGAAGGAAGCGGAACUUCUCAGGUUGAUCUAUCGUAUUCUACAGAUAGACAAACAAAUCUACAUAAUUUGAUGGGCAUUCGAAAUGCCGUUCAUGAUCCACAAAUGCAUAAUCGUUUGAAAAAAGAUUUGAUUGAGCAUAUUUGA